AUGGACAAUCUGACAGCUGAGGAUUACUUAAAUCAACAAACUGCGUUAGAGGAAGAAGCAAAAGAGUUGAUGCCAUGGGAUCCAAAAACUUGUACGUAUUCAAUAGGACCGUUAAAGCAACAAGUAUACGCCUGUCUAACUCACGAUAACAUUGGUAUCUGUUAUUCGUGCUCUAUUCGUUGUCAUACUUCGUGUGAGAUAGUGGAAUUAUUUACGAAAAGACACUUCACUUGUGAUUGUGGGACAGAGAAAGAUAAAAGAAUAGAUUCAAAGAGUUCCAAUAGCAAGUGUGAAAUACGUCAAAAUAAAGAAUGCGACAUCGCUGCUGUAGAUAACAUAUACGGACACAAUUUUCAGGGUUUAUUUUGUGAUUGCUCAAAGGAAUAUGACCCAGAGUCUCCAAGCGUUAUGAUUCAAUGCAUAAUGGGUCUUGCUUGUGGUGAGGACUGGUACCAUGAUCAUUGUAUAAUGGGUUAUACAGAUGAGGAGUUGAAGGAUGUAGCAAGGAAAUCUGAGGAUGAUAAAUCAGAAAACUCGCCCGAUGGAUUCCCAAGUUUAGAGUCAUUUGAUUCGUUUAUUUGUUGGAAAUGUGUGUCUCGUUAUAAUUAUUACUUUCAAAAGAUAAUGUCUAACGAGUUAGCAAAUGAUAUAAUAUCUUGCACAAUAGAUCAUGACAAAUCGUCGCAUUUUAUAAACGAGCAUGGUAAAAGAGAGAAAAUCGAUAGUGAUAUACAAUUUUCAAUCUUCUUAAAGGAAGACUACGGUAACGGUUUAGAAAAAUUAAAAGAUUCCAUAACCGAUCAUAAAGAUAAAUUAUAUAUCUUCUUAACGGAAUUAGUUCCGUUUCUAAUUAAGGAUGAAGACCUGUAUGAGCCUCCUACUGAAGAAGAUGACUCAAUAUUAGAUAUAAUAAGUAAGUCAUUGUCAUCAUCCAUGACUACUUCAGAUAUUGUUCUAGGAACUACUGCAUUAAACAAGUUACAGUCUAAACUAAAGGAGUUUCUCAAACCAUUUGCAGAGAAAGGUGAGGUAGUUAAGGAAGAAGAUAUAAGUUCAUUUUUUCAUUCGUCUAAUUAG